AGGGGCCUGCCGCCAUGAAGAGGCUCUCAGCUGCCGCUGGCAAGGGCGUGCCGGGCCCGGAGCGCCCGAGCGCCUUCAGCGAGCUGGUCUACACCAAGAACGACUCGUACAUCAUCCACUUCGGGGAUCUCGGGAAGAUCCAUAAAGCUGCCUCCCUGGGCCAAGUCCAGAAGCUGGAGAGUAUGACAGUAACGAAGAAAACCAUCGACCUGAACAAAAGAGAUGUGAAGAAGAGGACUGCUCUACACUGGGCCUGUGUCAACGGCCAUGCGGAAGUAGUAACAUUUCUGGUAGACAGAAAGUGCCGACUUGAUGUCCUUGAUGGCGAAAACAGGACACCUCUGAUGAAGGCUCUACAAUGCCAGAGGGAGGCUUGUGCAAAUAUUCUGAUAGAUUCUGGUGCUGAUCUAAAUGUUGUAGAUAUGUAUGGCAACACAGCUCUCCAUUAUGCUGUUUAUAGUGAGAAUUUGUCAAUGGUGGCAAAACUGCUGUCCCAUGGUGCAGUCAUCGAAGUGCAAAACAAGGCUAGCCUCACACCCCUUUUACUGGCCAUAAUGAAAAGAAGUGAGCGAAUUGUGGAAUUUUUGCUGACCAAAAAUGCAAAUGCAAAUGUAGUUAAUGAGUUUAAAUGCACAGCCCUUAUGCUUGCCAUAUGUGAUGGAUCAUCAGAGAUAGUUGGCAUGCUUCUUCAGCAAAAUGUUGACAUCUUUGCUGAAGAUAUGUGUGGAAUGACUGCAGAACAUUAUGCUGCUGCUUGUGGAGUUAAUGUCAUUCAUCAACAACUUUUGAAACAUAUACGAAAAUUAUCUAAAAAUCCUCAAAAUACCAAUCCAGAAGGAACACCUGCAGGAACAACUGAUGAGGCUGCACCCUUGGCGGAAAGAACUCCUGACAUGGCUGAAAGCUUGGUGGAAAGACCACCUGAUGAGGCUGCACCCUUGGUGGAGGGAACAUCUGACAAAAUUCAAUGUCUGGGGAAAGCGACAUCUGGAAAGUUUGAACAGUCCUCAGAAGAAACACCUAGGAAAAUUAUGAGGCCUACAAAAGAAACAUCUGAGAAAUCUGAAUGGCCAGCAAAAGAAAGACCUAGGAAGAUCACAUGGGAGGAAAAAGAAACAUCUGUAAAGACUGAAUGCGUGGCAGGAGUAACACCUAAUAAAACUGAAGAUUUGGAAAAAGGAACAUCUAAGAUUAUCACAUGUCCUACAAAAGAAACAUCUAUAAAAGCGAGUACAAAUGUGGGUAUGAGUUCUGUAGAGCCUAAAAUCAGUCUUCGUGGCAAACCGACUAUUGAAAAUUCACAGUCUACAAAAGUUGAGGAAGACUUUAAUCUUGCUACCAAGGAGGGAGCAACAAAGACAGUAACUGGACAACAAAAACAUGAUAUUGGCAUUAUUGAACAAGCUCCACAAGAUCAAACAAAGCCUCCUGAGAAGCCAUCUGCCUUCAAGCCUGCCACUAAAAUGCAAAACUCUGUUCCAAAUAAAGCCUUCAAAUGGAAGAAUGAACAAACAUUGAGAAUAGCUCAGAUGUUCCAAGCAGGAUCAAAACAAAAGGACAAUGAAGAAAAUUCCUUGGAUUUUGAGAAUUUCCUUGAGAAUCUUUUACAGAAUGAUGAAUGUUUACCCAAGGCUACACAUCAAAAAGAAUUCAGUAAAAUAAGUGGAAAAUUAGAAGAGUCUUCUGAUAAAGAUGGUCUUCUGCAGCCUACUGGUGGAAUGAAAGUUUCUAUUCCAAAUAAAGCCUUAGAAUUGAAGGACAGAGAAACAGUCAAAGCAGUGGAUGUGAGUUCUGUAGAGCCUAUAUCCAGUCUUUUUGGCAAAAUGACUACUGAAAAUUCACAGUCUCCAAAAGUUGAGGAAGACUUUAAUCUUGCUACCAAGGAGGGAGCAACAAAGACAGUAACUGGACAACAAAAAUAUAUUAUUGGCAUUAUUGAACAAGCUCCACAAGAUCAAACAAAUAAGAUGCCCAUAUCUGAAUUAGGACAAAAAGAAGAUACAAAAUCAACUUCAGUUCCUGAGAUUAUCUCUGUGAAUGAUACACAGAAUUAUGUGUGUUUACCUGAGGCUACAUAUUAAAAAGAAAUAAAGACAAUAAAUGGCAAAAUAGAAGAGUCUCCUGAAAAGUCUUCUGACUUUGAGCCUGCCACUGAAAUGCAAAACUCUGUCCCAAAUAAAGGCUUAGAAUGGAAGAAUAAACAAACAUUGAGAGCAGAUAAUAUGUUCACAUUAAAAUCAGUACAAGAAACAUAUGCAGAAUCACAUUGGAGUUCUGAGAACUUUGAACAGAAUAUUUCUGAAAGUGCUGCGCAGAAUUACACGUGUUUACCUGAGGCUACAUAUCAAGAAGAAACCAAAAGAAUAAAUGGAAAACUAAAGGAUUCAACUAGCCUAUCAAAAAUCUUGGAUGCAGUUCCUUCUUGUAAAAGAGCACGGGAACUUAAAAAAGAUCACUGUGAACAACUUACAACAAAACUGAAAAAAAUGAAAAAUAAAUUUUGUGUACUACAAAAGGAACUAUCAGAAGCAAAAGAAAUAAAAUCACAGUUAGAGAACCAAAAAGUUAAAUGGGAACAAGAGCUCUGCAGUGUGAGGAGAACAUCUAAUAAUACUGUGACAGGAGGUGGUACAGAUGAUCUAAAAUAA